CAACACCCAGCAGCUCAACUGAGAUCAGAUCAGAUCAUCCUGAACCAGAGCCAGAACUCAUCCCACGGCAGCCAUGGACAGAGCCAUCCUCCUGCUGUCAGUCAUGUGCCUGGGCAUCUCCUGCCAGCCAAUCACAGACAACCAGCGCCUGUUCUCCAUCGCCGUCAGCCGAGUCCAGCACCUCCACCUGCUCGCUCAGAGGCUCUUCUCUGAAUUUGAGAGUUCUCUGCAGACGGAGGAGCAGCGGCAGCUCAACAAGAUCUUCCUGCAGGAUUUCUGCAACUCGGAUUACAUCAUCAGCCCCAUCGACAAGCACGAGACUCAACGCAGCUCUGUUCUGAAGCUGCUAUCGAUCUCCUAUCGUUUGGUGGAAUCCUGGGAGUUUCCGAGCCGUUCUCUGUCCGGAGGCUCUUCGCCGAGGAACCAGAUCUCCCCCAAACUGUCAGAACUGAAGACGGGAAUCCUGCUGCUGAUCAGGGCCAAUCAGGAUGCACCAGAGAUCUUUACGGACACCUCCACCCUCCAGUUGGCGCCUUAUGGAAACUACUACCAGAGUCUGGAAGCUGACGAGUCGCUGCGCAGAACCUACGAACUGCUGGCUUGCUUCAAAAAGGACAUGCACAAGGUGGAGACUUACCUGACCGUGGCAAAGUGUCGACUCUCUCCAGAGGCAAACUGCACUCUGUAGCUCCGCCCCUCCCGUGUGUAGCCCCGCCCCUCCCGUCU